AUGCUGGUGCGCGAUAUCCGUGAAGCGCUCGGUGUCAUACUCGCCAAUACGAGCUCGAACGCUCAAGAAGAUUACGCCAACCUCAUUUUGAUGAGCUCGAUGAGUCCCGUCCCACGCCGCCUCGAUCGAAACAUGUACCUCUGCGCGAGCGGCAACAUAUUCUGCGGCCAAGUGCCUCGGGACUUCAACUUUUCGUACGGUCUCUGGCAGUUUGGUGGCGCCGACGCGGCAUGUUACUCGAGCUUCAACGAGUGGGUCUCGGUCUCUCCGAUGCAAGCCAUCUUUAGCGUCUUUGGCGCUGGGAUCCCACUCGACCCGACGACGUUGAUUCCGGUAGCAUGUGCGGCCGAAGCGGUGGUGCCAACUCUGUGUCUGGCUUUUCUCGAUAGCGUGUCGCGUUUUGUAUCGAAAUAUGUUGCGACGAGCACUCUCCAAGCGUACCGAUCGCGAGCAAUGGCCAUCGAGGCCGACGUCAUGGCCACCUCGGUUGGCAUCACGCAAUACGCUCGGCACGUACCGACCAACGGCGUAGAGAUCUUCCAUCAGCGACUUUUUGAUCCGUUCGAUGCGACCAUGAAGUACACGAGCUAUGCGCUUGCCUACGACUGGGUCGUCGGUGGGCGAGAGGCCAUUCGGGUUGACGGCGACGCUAGUACUGUGGCAUUCCUCUCGACAGUGUCAUUUGCGGCGUCGUUUGCAGCAAGUAGCAUCGAGGUACCGCGCAACGUUGCUGCGUAUCUGCGGGGCCUUUGUCAGUACAUUUCAUUCGUGCUCGUGGCCCUCGCUUCUGUCACCGCAUUAUACGCACUUUUGGAUGGAAGCUUGAGCGAAGGCUCCAACCUCUUCAAGGUCAACCGCGUCGGUGGCAUGGUCUGGGUCGGCCGGCCGCUGCUUUUGGCGCGCAGCUUCACCGCGCUGUGUAUUCUGAGCACAGCGACGCUCCAACUAAAGAAGAAUGGGAUCACAACUGUCUUGACAUCAUCCCGUGGCGAUGUCUCGGAGGCAGUUGUCAUUGUGACGCAGAUCCUCGCGGCCGGCGAAGUCGGCUGGCUCGUCUACAUCUUUGAUGACAUUUGCAUGCCACUGACUCAAGAGCUCAGUGCUGCGUACGCGUUCAAGGCGUCCAUCCUCACGUGGUUCAUUGUUGCUGCCCUCAGCUUUACGAGUCCCGUCUCGCACAGCGCCACGAUCCAGCGAUCAUGUACGCUAGUUGAAAUGGACUUUGAGUUGGUGUGCCACAGCGGCGUCGUCGCCAUUGGCUCCUUCAGUCGCUUUUGUCUUCUGGUUGGGAUCGCACUGGGCGGUUCGACGCUACUGUUUACAAUUGUGAGACUCCGACGUCCCCGUGUGCCCCUCGACGAGCGCGACUCGCACCUCCUCUCGUGCAGUGCCAAGUACCUCUUUGAGAGAAAAGGUUGGGUCCACGACCGCAUUUACUUCAUCGAUUUUGCGUCCGCAGCUUUGACCGGUCUCCUCGCCUGCCGCAACAAGAGUGACCUCUACGUGUUUGACAUCAAGACGUGGCGCACGCUCGUGUUAACGCAAGCAGCGAUUGACGAGGCGACGUCAUUGCAUCCAUCGGCAUAUCGUCUGCGGCGCGCCCUCCCGCUCGUCGAAUAAGACUCGGCAACUAGUAGAGCUAAAAUGUGCAACAUAUUCCAAGCCCAAUCUUCAAUAUGAGUACUCGCUGAAAUAAGCAGAAACAAGCUGAUAUAUCAUGCACUCG